AUGGCUUCUGUUGAUUCUGAACUUACUCUUCCUUUCGACCCAAUUUCUCCCUUAUUCUCUUCAGCCGAUGAAAUCAACCUCACCAAUGAAUUAGUUGACACAUUUAAUGACUUGAUUCAUAGAAAGAAAUCAAAUCCCUCAGCUAAAUUAAAGGGCAUUCCCAAUAAGAACAUCUACAAAUCCUUUCAAGAUCCAAACAUUCUACUAGAUAGUUACAAAUUUAAUGAAUGGGAAUACAGCAAUUCAAAAAUCCCUCUACCCUGCAAUGCUAGAGGUUUAUUCCUAUUAAACUCAAACAAUCUCGACUUGUACCAAAACAACAACAAAAUUGUCAUUAGAGGUUAUGACAAAUUCUUUAAUACUGACGAAGUCCCCAAAACUAAAUGGUCAAACUUAUACCAAAAUUCAAUUGGCCCUUAUGAACUCACCUUGAAAGAAAAUGGCUGCAUUCUUUUUAUUUCGGGUUUAAUCAAUGGCAAUUUAAUUGUAACUUCAAAACAUUCAACUGGCUAUAGACAUGAUAUAGAAAAAAACCAUGCUUUGUAUGGCAAAUUAUUACUAGAAAAACAAUUGUCUCAAAAAAAUAUUAACCAGUCUUCCUUUGCAAAAUUACUAAAUAAAUAUAAUAUCACUCUAGUAGCAGAAUUAUGUGAUGAUAGCUUUGAAGAACACAUUAUAAGAUACUCAAAGAAAAACUCAGGUUUAUAUUUGCAUGGUAUUAAUUAUAACUCCAAAGUCUUUCAAACUUAUUCAAUUCAAAAAGUCCAUAUAUUCGCUGACGCUUUUGGUUUCAAAAAAAUCAAAUACUUGAUCAAAGAUAAUAUUAAAGACUUGAAAACCUUUUUGGAUAAAUGUGCUGAGACAGGUACCUACAAUGAUAAAGAAAUCGAAGGCUUUGUCAUUAGAUGUAAAGAAAAGGAUACAAACUAUGAUUUCUUUUGGAAAUAUAAAUUUGAUGAGCCUUAUCUUAUGUAUAGACAAUGGAGAGAAUUAACAAAAAGCUACAUUGCUGGAAAACCAAUUAAUUUACUUGUCAAAAAAAUCUUUAAACAUAAAGAUGUUUCAACUGAAUACUUAAAUUUUGUUAUCCCAAUUUUAGAUAAUAACGAAUUUCUAAAAAUUCAAUACACUAAAGGCCAUGGAAUUAUUCAACUAAGAGAAUUGUUUUUAAAACACACAAAAAAAACUGGUGUUGAAUUAGCAAGCAUCAACGACAACAAUGAAGAAGAAAGUCUCAAUAAUAACAACUAUCAUGGGGAAAAUGAAAAAAAUUCUAAUCUCAAUAGGAGGCAAAUUUUAUUAAAAGCUCAGAAAAAUAAAGAUUAUCUAAAAAACUACCCAGAUUUGGAAAAUGAUAUCAACAAUAUUGUCAAAGAAUUUGAGCAAUUAGUUUUGAAUGAAAAGGAUUCAUCGUAUAUCAAUACUGGAUAUCAAAAAAAAUCAAUUGAUACAGAUGAGAGUGCUACUAAAACAAUCACCAAAUAUGUUAUAAUUCCUGUGGCUACAAUUGGGUGUGGUAAAACAACAGUCUUUUUGACUUUGAAAAAUUUAUUUUCAAAUUGGGGUCAUGUUCAAAAUGAUGAUAUACCUCUUGGAAAGAAAAAUAAAAACAACCUAAUUGAUAACUCUCUCAAGUAUCUAGUAAGUGAUAUUGAAAACUAUAAAGGUGAUAAUUUAAUCGAGCCUAAUGUCAUUAUGAUUGACAGAAAUAAUCAUCAAUUUAGAGAACGAAAACAACUUUUCAAUGACUUGGAAAGAUUUAAAGUUAAAUUUUUUAAAGAUUAUUCCAAAAAUGUGGAUUUUAAGUUUAUUUGCUUGAAUUUUUUACCUGGAAAAGAUAACCAAACUGCAGAUUAUUGGGAUUUAACAACUUCAAGAGUCAAAGCAAGAGGAAAUAAUCAUCAGUCAAUUAAAGUGAACAAAGAUGGCUACGAUUUUGCUCUCAAAAUUAUGAAUGGUUUUAGAAGCAGAUUUCAACCAGUGAAUAAAAUAAGAACACCCGAUAGUUUGUUUGAUUUGGUAAUAGAUUUGGAAACUCACACUGAAAACAGUUCAAGAGAGAAUGUUGUCACUAUUUUAAAUAACAUCGGCCAAUAUUUUCCUAAAAUGCUCUUAAACAACGACCAAACAGAUAUUCAAUUGCCAUCGAAAGAAGAAAUUGAUGUUGCUUUUAUGAGGGCUUUAGGUUAUACACCUACUGUUGAGAAGGUAUUCAGAAACACUGAGAAUAAAGGUAAAGAUAAUAAAAGAGAAGAUAAAGAUAGUAAUCAAACAUCUUUGCCCAAGAAAAAAAAAUUAAAACCUUUUUUUUUUUCUAUAAAUAUUGAUGACAAAAUUUCCUUUUUAAAAAGCGUGAAAAGUAUAAUUUUAAAAUCAGGCAUAUCAAAUGAUAGUAAUUAUUCUGGUCCUGAAAGUGUUUAUCAUCGGUUGGAGCAAACAAAUAGAAUUCAAAAUUCAUUUCAUGUUACAUUAAUCCAUCAAAAUCUAUACAAAUCCAAUCAAAAAUUGAAAUUAAAGUCGCAGAAUCCAGUGAUAAAUCAAAUUUGGACUAAUUUUGAAUCUGAAUUGUCCUUGAUAUUAGAGGGCUCAUAUGUUGUUGAAAAAAAUGAAAGUUUUUCUUUUAUUCGACUACCUUUAUUAGCUAAUAUCAAGCCAUACAAAAUUGUAUGGAAUAAAAACCUUGUUUGUGUUGCAGUUAAGAUAGUCUCUGUAUCCCAUGAAAAUAGCAAGAGUGAAAAUCUCAUUGAAAGGUUCAAUUGUGUGAAUGAGAUACCACAUAUCACAAUUGGGACAGUCUCAUCUUCCAUCAAGCCCUUUGCUUCAAAUGCUUUACUAAACAAGGCAAAAGCAUUUCUUGAUAACGAAUUUGAAGGAAAGUUCAAUUCCGAAAAUGAAGAAGUGUUUGUUUUAAAUUGGCCUGAUGAAGAAAGCGAUUCCAAGAUUUUCGAAUAUUUACCAAUAAAUGCUAUAAUUUAG